AUGCGGCAUGCAGAGUCAACGGAGUCCUCAGACUCCGAUUCAAACCAUGCGGCCUCAGGACGGAAGCGAGGCUUCAGCCAGGUCACUUCCUCUCCACCUACUCAACGGUCCGCACGCCAAGUGGGCAAUCGACAUGACCGAAGCAACCAAUAUCAAGAACAUACAACACGGUUUUGCACGCAGCAGUGUCUACUUGGUCUGCAGCAAGGUGGUGAAUUGGAUGACUACUGCCCAAAUGUGAAGUUGCACCAAAAAGGUGGAGAUGGCCGCCAACAUCUUAUCAACACUGAGGUCUUGGUGAAACUGCUUAAAACACAGCUAGACGGAAAUAUUGACUACAACUGCACGCCAUUCGGAGAUUGUGGAGGAUACGGGGCGCCAUUCAAGAUCACGUGUACUGCAUAUGGGUAUACUGUUGUUGGGAAGGGAACAACCUCUCGACUGUGGAAGGAGGUCUCGCAUGAAGCAGAGAUAUACAAAGUCCUUCGGAGAGCACAGGGUUCCGCAGUACCUGUCUUCCUUGGAGCAAUCAGUUUGGCCAAGAUUUAUUUCCUUCACGGAGCUGGCGAGAUUCGCCACAUGCUGCUCAUGGCUUGGGGAGGUGAAAGUACAACAAAGCAUAAGCAGCGGCCUGUACUGCGUCGUGAGAUCUCCAGGUCAAUGGAGGAAAUCCGUUCCUUAGGAGUCAUCCAUCGGGACCUUAGGCCAGACAAUAUUCUGUGGAAUAAUGAGUUAAAACGGGCUCUUAUCAUUGACUUCCAUCGCAGUGAGUUGGAUCGUCAACUUGUGGGGAGUCAGAUGAAGUCUCUAAAGAGACCCUUGUGCAGAACAGAAGAACGAGAAACAAAACGACUCUGUGUGGUUUAA